AGCGGACCGAUGGCUGCGGCAGGGAGCGGAUCAGGGAUGGAGGCGCGGGACGGACUGGUGCAGCGGAGUGUGGCGAGUGGUGGCGAUGACGGUGGUGAGGGCGGCGGCGAGGGAACAGUCGGGUUCUGCCGGACCAACGCUGGGCGAGCUCGUCAUGGCGCGUGCCCGUGCCGGCCGCGGGAGGAUCAGCAGGGCGCGCUGGCCGGCGGCGAGUGCGGGCACGCGGUGGCGCUGGCGCUGCACUGCGCGCGAUGCGCCGAUGUCGAGAGCUGCGAGCAUGUGCGUAGCAGCAAGGACGGUGGCGGCGUGGUGCGGUGCAGCGAGUGCGGUUUGGCGCUGACCAAAGAGCAGAUCAAGGCCGGGAAGAAGCUGGCCAAGAUUCGGGCCAAGGCUGAGAAGGCGGCGGCCAAGGCGCGGGCCAAGGCCGACAAGCUCAAGGAAGCGGCUUAA